AAAAUCACAAUGUUAUCACAUUCUGCCAUGGUCAAAGAGAGGAAACAACAAGCAUCAGCCAUUAUGGAUGAAAUACACAGAAAUGUCUCACCCAGCUUAAACCUUGGAAAAAAGGUCAGCACCCCAAGAGAUAUCAUGGUAGAGGAACUAUCGACACUCAGCAACAGAGGCGCAAGACUCUUCAAGAGACGUCAGCGGAGGUCUGACAAAUACACGUAUGAAAAUUAUCAUUAUGUAGCAAACAAGCCAAGAAACCGUGGAGAGCCCAUGCAGGGUAUUAAAAUGGAUGGCCUCAGUGUUGAAGGAAUUCCCCAGCAUGCCCCAAUGACACCUCCUAACACACCUGAUCCCCGGAGCCCACCGCAUCCUGACAACAUUGCCCCAGGAUAUUCUGGACCACUAAAAGAAAUUCCUCCUGAAAAGUUCAACACUACUUCUGUGCCAAAGUAUUAUCAGUCUCCUUGGAUAGAAGCCAUUAGGGAUGAUCCAGAGCUGCUGGAGGCUUUAUAUCCUAAACUUUUUAAACCUGAAGCAAAGCCAGAACUGCCCGACUACAGGAGCUUUAACAGAGUUGCCACUCCCUUUGGUGGUUUUGAGAGAGCAUCAAAGCUGGUUAAAUUCAAGGUACCAGAUUUUAAUAUGCUGAUGCUAAAUGAUCCGAGAUUCAUGAUCCUUGCAAACCCUCUUGCUACUAGAAGAUCCUUCAAUAGGACUCCUAAAGGAUGGACGUCUGAGAAUAUUCCUGUAGUAUUCAUUCAGCCUACAGAUUCCAACACUGUUCCAGAAACAGAGGACCUGUGAGAGAAGCUGCACUCUAUAUCAUACAAAAUGCUGAAAGCUGCACAUCCAUGUAUUUUUGGUCCAAAUACUACUAAAGGCUACUGAAAAAAUCUUUCCCUGGCAGCUGGCAUAUAAGUCAUAAUGUCUGAUGCAAUGUCUCUUCUCUGGCAUCUAAUUUCAUCUGCUAACAUAACGUAAAUAAAGUAAUCUGGCAAGUAUUGGCUGCAACAUUUUGUACUUGUGUUUAUAUAUUCUUUUACUUCACCAAAAACUACAACUUUUGUAAAAUCUUUGCUAGUCAUUUCAGAACAUGUGCAUUAAGAUUAAAAAAAAAAGUGACACUAAUAUCAACGAAUUUGAUUUAAUAGAUAUACUGAUUCUGGUAGAACAAUUGAAAAAUGCCAUAACGGUGCACUCAGUGCACUCCUAGUACUGCCUG